AUGGAGACCAACGCUUUGCUCCAGCGAGCCUUGGAAGUCCUGCGGACCAUCCCAGAAUGGGGAGUUGUGCAGUUUGAAAGAGGAGAUGCUCUGAUUUCCGUUGGGAUGGAUGAGGCGACAGCUUUGUCUGCCGAAGUGAAAGCAAGAUUUGAUCGAUUGUUGGCUGGUGCCUUCCAGCGAUUUGGCCGUCUUCGACACCUCAAUACCUACGAUGAGAACUGCAAUCGAGCUUUCUACCUUGCUCAGAGAAUCCAGAUUCGCCCUGAUACCUCAAAACCAGCGUCAGUUUCGUAUGCAAUGCUUGUCGCUGGUUUCCAGAAGAAAGAGACAGGACCCGGGAAAGCCUACGUUCGGGUGUCUCGAAGACUGAAGGCAGCACCACCUCUCCCGCCUCCACAGCCACUACAACCUGCCAAUAACCCACCUCGUCCUCGGAUGGGCCCGCCUCGCCCCGUCGCUGAAAUCAACGUUCACACCGGAAUUGGUGGCAGAAACCAAGCUGUUGUUUCUCCUUUGUCAGCCGGCGGUGACUCUCUCGCGGAUGGUCCGCCUACCUUCAUGAUUAACGCCAAAGAAAUUGAAAUUUUCAAUACGCCUCCUCUCUUUGGAAGCCCUGAAUUCCAUAUCUUUGGAGAUGAGAAUUUGAUUGACUCCUCUACAAAUAUCUCUUGGAGAGAGAUCAGAAAGAAUAGACAGGCAUCAAUCAAGAGCGAUAUCUCUCAUCUAACAACAACAAAGGAUCCUCGCCGUACUACCCAAGCAGCUCAAGUUGAGAGGCAGACGCAACGUGAGCUUGACAACAUUCGGAAGUCGAUGUAUAAAGCUGCGACUGUUAUCUUCCAUUCCGUCCAGAAGAAUGAGAAUACGCUUGCAAUCUUCAAAACUCCUGACGCAGUUGCAAGAUCAAUGAACAAUAUCACCGGUAUUGAUUGCGUUUCUGGCAGAGAGAUUGCCACAGCCGUUCGCGUUGGCAAUGUUGGAAAAUCACCGCCUCGUCUUGGACGCAAAGGUGAAGUUCCAGUGGUGAUCUUUGAAGCUUUUUGCUCACUUGUUUUCACAGCAUGUGCCAUAGAACAAGCAAACUGCAAGGAGAGAUUAACACGAGAGAAGCUCAAGAGCACUGUUGGUGAAAUACUGAACUCAAAGCGUGCAGCCGAUGGCUUGGAGCCCAUGAACGAUUCCAAGUUUUAUGCCAGAAUUGAAAAUGCGAUUUGUCAUCUCCAAGACUUGAAUAAAGCUGACAACAGAGAGUCGCUUCGAGUCCUCUGGCUCACCUACCAGUCGCAAUCGAUGCAUUACAAGAAUUGGGAGAAAGAAGCCGUCCGUCUUGGUUUUGCUCGUCCUCUCAAUGAAGAUGAGAAUCCUGAUGAUGUUGGGCACAUUGUCUGGAAGGACGACCGACUUUCUCGUGUCUUACAGUUUGAUGAAAUGAAUAUUGCUCUUGACGGAGCCGAUUCGACAAUUGGAGGGAGGGCAUCGCGAAUACCAACAGCCACCACGAUAGGACUUGCCGAUUCUGGAACUGCCAAUGAAAAGUCUGGAACGAAGAUGACGAUUAUGUUUGGAAUCAACUUCGCCGGCGAGGUGUUGCCACCUCUGUUGCUCUUUCCUACCAAGGCCCAGAAUCCCUCGAAUUACAAGCUCAAGGUCGACAUGGCAAAGUGUUUGCCACAGUUGGAAGCAACAUUGACUCUGGGCCUGGCCGGAUGCAUCCUCCAAUGCUGCGACUACUGCGAUCCCGAGGAGCGCACUUGUACCCAGGGUUGCCAAAUGGGACAGAGGUCGGCCAAGAGUGUGAUCAAGUGUUUGGUUUCCUGA